AUGUAGGUAUAUUUCCGCGUAUACUCUGAGCUAUUUACCUCUCUGUCAAAUAGUCAAAAAAUAUAUCGAUCUCUCUGUAUUCUGUAAUACUAGCACACAAAACCAAUCUCUCUCUCUCUCUCUCUGAGAUGGAGAAUCAAACGCUCACCGGAUUGCUGACAAGUAUCGCCGGAGAAUUCCCAUCACUGCGAGCAAUCUCAGUCUCCGGCAAAUUCGACUUGACGUACGCUCGGCUUCAUGAACUCGUUGAAACUGCCGCCUCUCGCCUUGUCUCCGCCGGUGUUCACGUCGGCGAUGUCGUGGCCCUUGUCUUCCCAAACACCGUCGAGUUUGUUAUAAUGUUUUUGGCUGUAAUUCGAGCCAGAGCCACGGCUGCACCACUCAACCAAGCCUACACAUCAGAGGAGUUUGAGUUCUACUUAGGGGACUCGGAGUCCAAGCUCUUAUUAACCUCAAAAGAAGGAAAUGCCUCAGCUCAAGCCGCGGCUUCAAAGCUCAAAAUCCCACACACCACAGCCACACUCUCUGAAGCCAACGCGGAGCUGACUCUAUCACCAACUCAGUCCGAAUCAAACCCCAACUCGGUUACCAAACUCACCAAUGAGCCCACUGACGUGUCACUCUUCCUCCACACCUCAGGCACCACGAGCCGACCAAAGGGUGUCCCUUUAACUCAGCUCAACUUAGCUGCCUCAGUGCAAAACAUCAAAUCGGUGUACAAACUCACUGAGUCAGACUCAACAGUGAUAGUCCUCCCACUGUUUCAUGUUCACGGGUUAUUGGCCGGGUUACUGAGUUCACUCGGAGCUGGAGCCGCUGUGGCUCUCCCAGCUGCUGGUAGAUUCUCAGCUUCAACAUUUUGGUCAGACAUGCUCAACUAUAAUGCCACGUGGUACACUGCAGUUCCUACUAUCCACCAAAUUAUAUUGGAUCGCCACUUGGGUAACCCGGAACCCGUUUACCCAAAGCUCCGAUUCAUUCGAAGCUGUAGCGCGUCGCUUGCACCUGCCAUUAUGGCCCGACUCGAGGAGGCGUUCGAGGCCCCGGUAUUGGAGGCCUAUGCAAUGACUGAGGCGGCCCAUCUCAUGGCGUCGAACCCAUUACCCGAAGAUGGCCCGCAUAAACCUGGGUCGGUAGGGAAACCCGUGGGUCAAGAAAUGGUGAUAUUGGAUGAGAAUGGUUUGGUUCAAGAGCCUCAAAUUAAUGGGGAGGUGUGUAUUAGGGGACCAAAUGUGACAAAGGGUUAUAAAAAUAAUCCUGAGGCUAAUAAGGCUGCUUAUCAAUUUGGGUGGUUUCAUACGGGUGAUCUCGGGUAUUUUGAUUCGGAUGGGUAUUUGCACCUAGUUGGUCGGAUCAAGGAGCUCAUCAAUCGUGGAGGGGAGAAAAUUUCACCAAUUGAGGUGGAUGCAGUCCUUUUGUCCCAUCCUGAGAUUGCUCAAGCAGUUGCUUUCGGAGUCCCUGAUGACAAAUACGGUGAAGAGAUUAAUUGUGCAAUCAUUCCAAGAGAAGGAUCAGACAUUGACGAGGCAGAGGUACUGAGGUUUUGCAAGAAAAAUCUUGCAGCCUUCAAAGUCCCCAAAAAGGUUUUUCUAACCGAUUCUCUACCAAAAACUGCUACUGGGAAAAUCCAACGACGUUUUGUAGCAGAGCACUUCCUUGCUCAAAUCUCAACUGCUAAAGUCCCCAAGUUUGGAGCCUAGACAAGGAUAAUCUAUCUGGCAUAUCAGUCGUAUCCCGGCCGAAAGUUUCUAUAUUUUAGAUUCAUAUGAACCAACAUAAAUCAGUUAUUCUUGCCAAUCGAGCACAACGGAUUGGAAAGUUCUUGUUUUUUUAUUCACCUGGGGAUAAAACUCGGUGGUUUCUAUAAUAGCAUCAUAGAUUAUUGUUUAUUUAA